AAGGACGCGUCUGAGGGCUGGGGAGCCUCCCCUCCCCUCCCGCGCCCAGCGCCGAGGUCUCCUCCUAAUUGGCCCGCCAGCUUCACCCGGGGAGGAAACGGGCGCGCCGUCAGAACUGGAGCACCAGCACUAGCGGCAGUGGCAGCGAGAGGGGCAGGAGGGAGGCGGCGCAGGCACCGCGGCCCCUUUCCAACGCCAGCGCUUGGCUGCCUUCCCGGCUGGGCAGGGCGAGGAAGCCGGCCACCCUCGGCGGACGGGAGCCCCACCGACCUCGCGGAGGGCUCUCGGGACACGCUGGGGGGCUCCGGACCGCCCGGGAGGAGCCGCACGCCCGAAGGCGGGGAGGCGAAGGCGCUCCCCGAGGCGGCUCCGCGGACCGUGCCCGCCUCCCGCUCCGCUCGGCGGCCAGGCGAGGCGGCGCCGGCCGCGUGGCUGGGCGAGCAAGGGGCCGCGGGCAACAGCGGAGGCGCUGCGGAGGGGAGGAACCCGCCGCGGGAGCCAGCAAGCGGCCCGGCGCCCCGAUGGAGCCGGCGCCCUUCCCGCACCCGCUGGCCGCCGAGGCCGAGCCUGGUCCCGGGCCGGGUCGGCCGGGCGGCGAGAAGCGUUUCCGACUCUGGUACGUGGGCUGCUCGAGCCUGGACCGGCGAGCCACGCUGCCCAUGUUGCCCUGGCUGAUGGCCGAGGUCCGGCGGCGCAGCCAGAAGCCCGAGCCGGGCGCGCCCCCGGCGCGGGAGGUGCUGCUGUUGCUGGGCGCGCCCACCCUGCGCUGCGUGCCCUCCUCGCCCGGCGGCGCCCCCGGGCCGGCCGUCUUCAUCUUCGAGCACAAGGCGCAGCACAUCUCCCGCUUCGUCCACAACAGCCAGGACCUCACCUACUUCGCCUACCUGAUCAAGGCGCAACCCGACGACCCCGACUCGCCUGUCGCCUGCCACGUCUUCCGGGCCACCGACCCCAACCAGGUUCCAGAUGUUAUCAGUAGUAUAAGACAGGCUUCCAAAGCAGCCCUCAAAGAAGAUGUGAAGCCCAAUAAAGAAAAUGAAGAUGCCUUCUACAACUCCCAAAAAUUUGAGGUCCUCUAUUGUGGGAAGGUGACAGUGGCCCACAAAAAGGCCCCCUCCUCCCUCAUCGACGACUGCAUCGAGAAGUUCCACCUGCACGAACGUCAGCGCCUGAAGCUGCUCAGCGAGCACGGCAGCACGGAGUCCAGCGUGGACCUCAUGACAUGGGAAGAUGGACCCUCUUCCCCCUUGGACAGUCCCUUUCAGGAGAUGGAGGGUUCCAGUGGAGGCACCCAGGGGAUGUUCAUCGUGGGCAGCCAGACCAACCUGGCCAGUUUGACCAGCUGCCGGACCUCUUUCCCAGAGCGGAUCCUGGAGGACUCAGGAAUGGAGGAACAGCUGGAAUUCCGUUCUCGCUGCAGCAGCGCUGCCAGCCUGCAGAGGAGAGCUCAGGAGAAUAACUCCAAGCCUUCAUCCCGAAGGCGCCAUGCCAGCGCCCCGAGCCACGUCCAGCCCUCAGACUCUGAAAAAAACAGGACAAUGUUGUUUCAGGUGGGUCGGUUUGAAAUUAACCUCAUCAGUCCAGACAGCAAAUCCGUUGUGUUGGAGAAGAACUUCAAAGACAUCUCCUCAUGUUCUCAGGGCAUAAAGCACAUCGAUCAUUUUGGUUUUAUAUGUCGAGAAUCUACUGAACCUGGAAUAAGCCAGUAUGCUUGCUAUGUCUUCCAAUGUGCAAGUGAAUCUCUGGUGGAUGAGAUAAUGCUGACUCUGAAGCAAGCCUUUAGCACGGCAGCAGCCCUGCAGAAUGCCAAGACCCAGGUCAAACUGUGCGAGGCCUGUCCGAUGCACUCCCUGCACAAGCUGUGCGAAAGGAUUGAAGGACUUUAUCCACCAAGAGCCAAGCUCGUGAUUCAGAGGCACCUGUCUUCUCUCAGCGACAACGAACAGGCUGACAUCUUUGAGCGUGUUCAGAAAAUGAAGCCAGUGAGUGACCAGGAAGAAAACGAGCUGCUGAUUUUCCAUCUACGCCACUUGUGUGAGGUGAAGCAAAAGACCCACAUUCACGUUGACGAGGCCCCGAUGAAUGCGUCUAAUAACACAAUCCCAGAAAACAGCACCAGUAGUGGAAGAUUCACCCUGGAUAUCCUGAAGAACAAAGCCAAGAAAUCCUUAACCAGCUCUCUCGAAAACAUCUUCUCCAGGGGGGCCAGUCGCAUGCGUGGUCGCCUGGGGAGCACGGAGAGCUUUGAAAGGUGCAACCAUCUCACUUCUGACAAAGACUUCUCCUCUGGGGACUCCCCGCCCUCCACGCCGCCGGCAUCUCCCGUCGCCUUGGCCGGGCACCCCUUUCCCGAAGAGGACUCCGACUCUCCCCAGUUCAGGAGACGCGCCCACACAUUUAGCCACCCACCCUCCGCUUCCAAGAAGAGGAUCACUUUCCAGGAUGGACGGUCUCAAAGCGUCCGGUCGCCCCUCCUGAGGCAGAACUCAGCCGAACAGAGCAGGCUGGCAGUUGCCCGACGUACCCGCAGUGAGAGUGAGUCUUCGGUGCCUCCCAGUCUCCCUUCUUCUUUCUCUGCCCCUUCUUUCCUGAAAAGCUUGUACCAGAGUUCUGGGAAGCCGUCUUCUCCACCAGAAGGUGAUCCCCCCAGGAGCGAUGUGGAGAAAAGGAAGAGGACUUCCUCAGUCUGCAGCAGUGACUCUCUAAAUGCUGGGGGUCUCACCCUGGCCCCCCGUCGGAUUUCCUGGCGGCAGAGGAUCUUCCUAAGGGUGGCAUCACCCAUGAAGAAGUCUCCUUCAGCCAUGCAGCUGCAAGAUGGCUGUGAUGAAAAAGAACUGCUGCCGUUAUCCCCGCAUCCACCGUCUUUUGACGAAGUUCCCCUGGUUUCCAUCUUGCAAAAUGAGGAUGUCCAAGAUCAGACCGGAGAGAAGAAGAAGUCAGUGGAGCUGCAGAGCCUGUGGAGAAAAGCGAUCCACCAGCAGAUCCUUCUCCUCCGGAUGGAGAAGGAAAACCAAAAACUGGAAGAAGCGAGCAGAGAUGAGCUGCAAUCCAGGAAAGUUAAACUGGACUAUGAGGAAGUAGGAACCUGUCAGAAGGAUGUUAUUAAUAUCUGGGACAAGAAACUGUUGAACUGCAGAGCCAAGAUCAGAUGUGAUGUGGAAGACAUUCAUACUACCCUGAAAGAUGGUGUCCCCAAAAGCCGCCGGGGAGAAAUUUGGCAGUUUCUGGCCGUGCAGCACCGCGUCAGACACCGGCUGCCGAAUAAGCAACAGCCUCCAGACAUCUCCUACCAAGACCUCCUGAAGCAGCUGACAGCGCAGCAACAUGCCAUCCUGGUGGACCUGGGAAGGACUUUCCCCACCCAUCCCUACUUUUCGGCUCAACUGGGCGCAGGGCAGCUCUCGCUCUUCAACCUGCUGAAAGCCUACUCUUUGCUGGACAAGGAGGUGGGCUAUUGCCAGGGCAUCAGCUUUGUGGCCGGCGUGCUGCUGCUCCAUAUGAGUGAAGAGCAAGCCUUCGAAAUGCUGAAAUUCCUCAUGUAUGAUCUCGGGUUCCGGAAACAAUACAGGCCCGACAUGAUGUCGCUGGAGAUCCAGAUGUACCAGCUGUCAAGGCUUCUUCAUGACUAUCACCGGGACCUUUACCACCAUCUUGAAGAAAACGAAAUCAGCCCAAGCCUGUAUGCCGCACCCUGGUUUCUCACUUUAUUUGCCUCACAAUUUCCUCUGGGAUUUGUAGCCAGAAUCUUUGAUAUUAUUUUUCUCCAAGGUACAGAAGUCAUAUUUAAAGUAGCGCUAUGCCUGCUCAGCACCCAGGAGGAACGCAUCAUGUCGUGUGAGACAUUUGAAAGCAUCGUGGAGUUUCUUAAAAACACUCUGCCAGACAUGACAGAGCCCCAGAUGGAGAAGAUAAUGGCCCAGGUGUUUGAAAUGGACAUUUCCAAGCAGCUUCACGCCUAUGAGGUGGAGUACCAUGUUCUGCAGGAUGAAUUGCAAGACAACCUGAGCCCUUGUGAGGAGAUUGAAGCUUCAGAGAAACUGGAAAGAGCCAACAGUCAGCUGAAGAGACAGAAUAUGGAUCUCUUGGAGAAACUGCAGGUUGCCCAUGCUAAGAUCCAAGGUGUGGAGUCCAACUUGGAAGCGGCCUUGAGAAGGGAGAGCCAGAUGAUGACUUUAAUCCAGUCCCUGGAGGAGGAAAAGGCUCUGUAUCAGAAGACCCUGGAGAAGAUCUGCAGCUACCUGCCCCAGGAAGCCCUGUCUGACUGUGAAGAGCUGCUGAAAAAAGUCAACUGUCAUCCAAACAAAUUCUAGAAGAAAGCCAUAAACGAGGUGUGGGGGGGGGAGGAGAGAGAGAGAGAGAAGAUGGUUUCUGCUCAUAGAUGGAAGGAAAGAAAUGGGUUGCUGAUGGAAAGGGGAUCGGCUUCAUUUCACAGGAUUCUGCAAGCAGUAGCCACAGUAGCUUAAAAGGCCUUUUUCAACCCCAAUAUGCAAAUCCCAAGUUCAUGUCUUUUUUUUUUUUAAUAACGCGUGUACAUAAUUUGCAGUGCAAAGAACGAAAGAUGGGUUCUAAUGAAGAAGAUCAGGUGUAUAUUUAGGACUGAUCUAAAUGGGGGAAACCGGUGAAAUUUGAGACUGCUUGUAACUUAAAUGUUGAAGACUCCACUUUCUCUCAGUAAGGAAGGCGUGGGGGUCUUUUCUAUACGCUGAUCAACACUUGAAAAAAUAAAAUAAAAAGCAAGAAUGUAUGUCCACCUCCAAAAAGCAGCACAGGUCCCAGCUGAGGUGCUGGGUGGGGGUGCUGUGCAUGUGUGCUUCCUGUCUGUGGGGUGGGGGGUGGGGGUCCGUUUCUAAAGUUCCUCAGGGAAGAUUGCUCGUCCUUCCUUUUCGCGGGAACAGUUGUGUUCCUGCGGACACACAACUCACUCUCCUCCUCUCCCUUCAGGGGGACCUGGUGAUGGUUGAUGCUGUCAUGUCUGCCCAAAAGUCACCAAUUCCCUAUCCAGAAAAGCAAGCAAGGAAGGCAUAUCGGUGACCCCUUCACUCCCCCUUCCUUGUGAGACAGUGAAAGCAGUGAGUGGGUGGGUGGCAGUGUGUCAUAAAGCAGGUAGGACUUUCCAAGCCAACUCUUCUCCUGUGGAAAGUCACAAACUCUUGGGAUUGAGUCCUUGGGAUUCCUGACUUGAAGGAUUUAGUUUGGUUAAGGGGAUCCUCACUGUUGAAUGCUGUCCUUAUCUUAGUAUCUUGUAGCAUCUUCUUCAUGCUCUGAGAUUUAGGUCACCAUUCGGACAGCCCGUUUCCCUUCAGCAAUGGCUCAGCGAUGCCGUGAAGCACUACAAGUCCUGAGAAGGGGAAUGGCCACCAUUUAAACAUGAUGGGUGGAGUAGCCUUCAGCCAAAUGCCGGAUUCUGUAGCUUGAUUCCAUUUGGCCAAGGAAGCCCUGUAAGAUCUCCCUGCUUCCUCAAUUGUCCAGCUUUCCCCCCCCCCCGCCUCAAAUGUUAGUAUUCCUUCCACAGGGAAGAUCCCAUAAACCUUCAUCGUUGCACCUGCAACAGAAGAACAUACAGAUUGUCACCGAAUUAAUACUAAGGGGAGUAGUGCCUCCCUACAUGGUAGUUUGUACAUUUCAGAACAUGUCUGUUCCCUCCUCUUCUUUUUAAGAAGCAUUAAGUAGCAGAGUUUCGGCUUCUUGAAAAUCCAGCAGUUUCUGGGGUCAUGUUGAUUGUUUUUAUCAUUAUUAUCAUCAUGUUCUGCUCUGCCUAUUUCUUAAGUAUGUUUGUUUUUGGAAGCUAUUUCUGCCAUGCAGACCAGACACUGAAGUCAACAUUUGAUCUAUCAAAAUUAUGAAACUAGCAACACAAGAAAUAUGUUUUGGAACAUGUUAUCCCCGCAUUGGGGAAUGACUUGUUGUAUUUCUCUAGCUGCUUUCUCUAAAAUUGUGCCAAAUUCAGCCAAGUGUCUUACUUGUACAAGGCACAGGUGUGGAUGAAAGUGCUUCCAUUGUGUCAUGUAUUGAGUUAUGCAAACAACCAAGGAAAAUACAGUUGACGUUCUCCUUCCACUGCUCCAGUAUAAGUCCAACCCACAUCCCUUUUUUCGUUUCUUGUUCAUAUAAUUUCUUAGCUUUUCCUGGGCAGAGUCCCAAAGGAAAAGCAAAUGCAUGGCAAGACACUGCCCUAAUUUCAUCUUUGCAUGGGAGAUUUCCCAAAGAUUGUGCGUCUGGCAUUUUCUUGCUGCUGCUUAUCAAAUCAACAGGAUCACACCAAACCUGGCAAAGUUACAGAAACAUUACACUUUAUCAGUUGGAGGGAAAAUGUGUUGUUUCCUUGCAAUUUCAUUUGGGGCCGUCUUAUGCGCGCAGAAUUGGUCUCCGAGAAUUGUGUGCCAGGGGUCUGAGUUAUUAAGGCGCGCAAGACUUAAAACACGCACACACACACACACAAAGGUUUCACGCUAUGUUGGUUUCAUUGACUUGUUCAUGUUGUCACAUGGAAAAUUUUCCAAUAAAUGCCAUUGCUGCA